AUGCCAUCUUUCGACGAGUCCAAAGCGUACGCCAAUCAAGAAGAGACCUUUUUUGAUGAUGGCCGAGAAGAAGAGCUCGUCAAGUUCAUCACGAGCAAACCGGAACUACGUGGGUCUCCACGCGCUGUUCUCAAAGGAAUUGAUGAGUAUGCAAGAACCAAAAAGUACUUGAUGAAUGUUGGAGAAGAUAAGGGAAGGAUUGUGGUUGACAUAAUCCGAGAGAGGAAACCGAAAGUCAUGGUCGAGCUCGGAGGAUACUGUGGUUACUCGACGAUUCUAUUCGCUGACGCCGUUGAUGGCCAGUACUUCUCGUUGGAGAGAAGUCCCAAGUUCGCAAAGAAUAUCAAAGCUUUGGUGGACUUUGCGGGGUUGAAGAAUGUUGAGAUUAUCGUUGGACCAAGCAAUGAAGGCCUUCAACAAUUGUACGACAGAGGCUUGAAGAGCAUUGACAUGAUGUUCUUGGAUCAUUACAAGCCAGCAUAUACAACAGACCUGAAGCUUUGCGAAUCGUUGGGAAUGAUCAACAAAGGGACUAUUCUCGCUGCUGAUAAUGUUAUUAGCCCUGGAAACCCUCCGUAUUUGAAAUAUGUCAGGAGCAGCGUGAAGGAGAAAAGGAUGGCACUGACUCAGGAGACCACCGAUACGGAGAACUUUCCAGGGAGGUCGGCAGCACAGUACGGAAGUAUUGAGAAGCUGGACAAGGUGAAGGGAAAUCCGAAUAUAAUCUACAAGAGUGAAUUGGUUGAGAGUUGGGAGCCUACGGGCGUCAAGGAUGGAGUGGAACUUACGAAGUGUUUAGGAGUGGAUGAGGAAGCGUAG